GGAGGUUUCAAUAGCAGCGGCGCGGCGGGGGAGGAGGGACGCACUGCCAGCACUCAGGAUACCCGCUCACACACACACACACACACGCACGCGCGCGCACACACGCACGCACACUGCUGCCCGCUGGAGACCAGUUAAAUCCGCAAGAAAACUGCAAACGCGCACCAGAGCGGUCGCGUAACCCGGUUGAUAGGAAGCACCGAGCGGGACUACCGGACACCGAGCGGGACCGUUUAUGUUCCCGUUCCGCGUUUAGUUCCUGCAGCACUUUUUCAUUUUCUCAUUAGUUUGUUUUUUAAAUUAUCUUGGAGACAGCAGAGAGGAGAGAAGACGCCGGAACGCUCCCCAUCCCGAGAGAAUGAGGCCGUUCAGAAGCUGGAGUGCGGCGCUGCUGGCGCUGCUGGCGCUGGGAGCCUCGGCCCAGAAGCUGCCCACCAGGGACGAAGGGCUCUUCCAGAUGCAGAUCCGAGACAAGUCGCUGUUCCACGACUCCUCCGUCGUCCCGGACGGAGCCGAGAUCAGCGGCUACCUGUUCAGGGACACGCCCAAAAGGUACUACUUUGUGGUGGAAGAAGACAACACGCCCCUGUCUGUGACCGUGACACCUUGCGACGCUCCUCUGGAGUGGAAGCUCACGCUGCAGGAGCUGCCGGAGGAGGCCAGCGGAGAGGCAUCAGGAGAGCCUGAACCUCUGGACGAGCAGAAGCAGCAGGUGACCGUGGACGAGGGGACGGAGCUCUUCGCCUACAAGGGUAACGACGUGGAGGCGUACGUGGCCACCAGCACCCCCGCCGGCCUCUACCAGCUGGAGCUGCUGUCCACGGAGAAAGACAGCAACUUCAAGGUGUACGCCACCACCACCCCAGAGUCCGACCAGCCCUACCCGGAGCUGCCCUACGACCCGCGCGUGGACGUGACGGCGCUGGGCCGCACCACCGUCACGCUGGCCUGGAAGCCCACGCCGACGGGCUUCCUGAUGGGCCAGCCCGUCCAGUACUGCGUGGUGAUCAACAAGGAGCACAACUUCAAGAGCAUGUGUGCCGCCGAGGCCAAGAUGAGCGCCGACGACGCCUUCAUGUCGGCCCCGAAGCCCGGCAGGGACUUCAGCCCGUUCGACUUCGCCCACUUCGGCUUCGCGGCCUCCGACGGCGCCUUCCACAAAGAGCGCGGCCUCGCGAGCAACAGGAUCUCCCGGGCGUACGCCGCCAAGCCCAAAGCGCUGGACAUCCAGAAGGUGUGCAUCGGCAACAAAAACAUCUUCACCGUGGCGGACCUGAAGCCGGACACGCAGUACUACUUCGACGUGUUCGCCGUGAACGCCGCCACCAACACCAGCACGGCGUACGUGGGCACCUUCGCCCGCACCAAAGAGGAAGCCCGCCAGAAGACGGUGGAGCUGAAGGACGGCAAGGUGUCCGACGUCUUCAUCAAGAGGAAGGGCAGCAAGUUCCUGCGCUUCGCCCCGGUGUCCUCGCACCAGAGGGUCACCCUCUUCGUCCACACCUGCCUGGACGCCGUGCAGGUGCAGGUGCGGCGCGACGGCAAGCUGCUGCUCUCCCAGAACGUGGAGGGCGUGCGGCAGUUCCAGCUGCGCGGGAAGCCCAAGGGCAAGUACCUGAUCCGCCUGCGGGGCAGCAGGAAGGGGGCCUCCACCCUGAAGGUGCUGGCCACCACCCGAACCAGCAGCAAGCAGCCCUUCCCGUCGCUCCCGGAGGACACGCGCAUCAAGGCCUUCGACAAGCUGCGCACCUGCUCCUCCGCCACCGUGGCCUGGCUGGGCACGCAGGACCGCAACAAGUACUGCAUCUACCGCAAGGAGGUGGCCGAGAGCUACGGCGAGGAGCAGCGGCGCCGGGAGCAGAACCGGUGCGCCGGGCCGGAGAGCCGCAGGAAGUCCGAAAAGGUCCUGUGCAAGUACUUCCACAGCCCGAACCUGCAGAAAGCGGUCACCACGGAGACCAUCACGGGCCUGGAGGCGGGGAAGACCUACCUGCUGGACGUUUACGUGGUGGGACACAGUGGCCACUCAGUGAAGUACCAGAGCAAACUGGUGAAGACAAGGAAAUACUGCUAAAUGACUCUGCAAAGGAAAGAUCUAUUACAAAUAUAUAUAUAUAUAUAUAUAUAUUAAAUAAGUUUAUUUAACUCUAAGUGAUAUUCUACUAAGGAGUGCAUACAGACUGACUACUCACACCAGCGGGGGCGGCCUGUGGCGCCGACUGAACUGUUUGUAGAGAGAGAUAUCAAACUGUAUAUUUAUGUUUACAUUUCAUCGGGGGCUCCUCCGCCUCCCCCUCCUCCGCCGGGGAGGCGGGGCUUAAGAGGAGGUCACCUUUCUUCGCCGCUGCAUGACACUCGGCUCCCCCGUCUGUCUCGUCUCGUCGCCUCUCAUCGCCGAGGAGACGCAGCGGCCGCCACGCCUUGUAUAGAUCUCUCACUGCGUAUUCACCACAUGUUUUAGGAGGAAUUUAAAUUAUUUUAUACUUUUCGUCUCUCUGUCUCUCUUCUUCUUCUUUUUUCUUCGUGUUUUUAUUGAUGACGAUGAUAACUGUUACCCGGGAUAUUCCAGCUUUACGAUGACGCUGUCGUAGUUUGGACAUUCCCUUGUGUGUUUGCUCGUAGGCCAUCUUGUAAAGGUCUUCUGUGCUGGAGGUCUGUGUUAAUACCACUGUAUCGCUGUGGGAGUGUGUGUGUGUGUGCGUGCGUGCGUGCGUGCGUGUGUGUGUGUGUGUCACAUGUACAGAGUUGUCCUGCCAAUAUUCAUGUACAUAAACACUAAAUAUAGAACCAGUAAUCCCUCUUGUCACCCUGGUGUCACGUUCUUUCGCCAAGCAGUUAACGUCUGAAUCAAGACAGACGGGAGGGAAUCAUUGGCUGAAGGAACAGAACCGGGCCGGUGACCGGUACCCCGUCGACGUCCAUCCUCAUCGAUGUGCGUUAAUAAAUCAGUGCAUCCGCUCACGAGUGAGUUUCUUCACUUUC